AGCGGACCGCCAGCUGCCAAACAUCAAACUCUCCCGUGUAUCAAUACUGCACACAGUGUGAGUUCAACCACUUUCCCUCGGAAUUGAGAUUGUACAGUGGUUUUAAUACGCGAGUUAUGCGGUAUACACAACAUUAUUACAGCUAGCUUUGGAAUGCAUUCAGUUUUACAUCGGAUUUCGUCAUCAAACAUGGAGAAAUUUGAAGGCUACAUCUUCACUGCGCUUUGCAGCACCAACUUUUUGAUAUCCUGCCUGCUGUUCUCAAGAGUCACUCGGGAGCAAAGGGAGCCAUACAUGGACGAGAUUUUUCAUAUUCCACAAGCUCAGAAAUACUGCCAUGGGAAAUUCAACGAGUGGGACCCAAUGAUCACCACUCUCCCAGGCCUUUACCUUGUCUCUGUGGGAAUCAUCAAGCCCGUGGUGUGGCUCGCCGACCUGACCGGCCAGGUGGUGUGUUCCACGGCCAUGCUGCGCUUCAUCAACCUGCUGUUCAACUGCGGCAACCUUUACCUGCUCUAUCUGCUCAUCUGCAAACUGCACCUCAGGGAGAAGACACGAACAACCUCGCGCAGAGUCCUCUCAGCGCUGUCUCUAUCCACCUUCCCUGUGCUCUACUUCUUCAACUUCCUCUACUACACCGACGCCGGAUCUACUUUCUUCACCCUCUUCACCUACCUCAUGACGCUCUACGGCUGCCACAAGGCCUCAGCGCUCCUCGGCGUCUGCUCCGUGCUCUUCCGCCAGACCAACAUUGUCUGGGUGGCCUUCUGCGCAGGCACUUUGGUGGCCGCCAAAAUGGACGACGCCUGGAGGGUGGAGCAUACGAAAAAGAGGGAUGAGAAGUCUCCUCCAUACCAGGUCCCUCUGUCAUUCAGCGGAGCUAAGAAAGUGCUUCUUUUCACGCUGGAGUUCCUCACCUCACUCAGUCAUGUGAAGGCGGUGCUGCUCGUGGCCUGGCCGUACGCAGUGGUCGGCGUGGGCUUCCUAGGGUUCGUGGUGCUGAAUGAUGGGAUAGUGGUCGGUGACAGGACGAGCCACGAAGCCUGCCUCAACUUCCCCCAACUCCUCUAUUUCUUCUCCUUCACCCUCUUCUUCUCCCUCCCCGUCUCGCUUUGUUACCACCGCGCUCUUCGCUUCCUCCAUGCUCUGAAAAAGCAGCCUCUGUUCUUCCUCUUCAUCACGUGCGUCUCCUUGCUCCUGGUGUGGAAGUUCACCUUCGUCCACAAGUACCUCCUGGCAGAUAACCGCCAUUUCCCCUUCUACGUGUGGAAAAGGCUUUUCCAGAGGCACGAGCUGGUGCGCUUUCUCCUCGUCCCCGCGUACGUGUUUGCAGGGUGGAAUUUUCUGGACUCCUUCAAGUCGCGCUCACUGUUCUGGAGUUUGGCGUUCUUGGCGUGCCUGCUGGCUGCAACGGUCCCCCAGAAGCUGCUGGAGUUCAGGUACUUCAUUGUUCCUUAUCUGAUGUACCGCCUGCACAUGCCUCUCCCCUCUCUUACCAGACUCAUUGUGGAGUUUCUCCUGUACACGGUGGUCAAUGCUGCCACACUUUACAUCUUCAUCAGUAAGAGCUUCCACUGGCCGGACAGCACGGCCACACAGAGGUUCAUGUGGUGAACAAAAGAGACCGAUGUCAUGAGUUCCCAGACUCAAAACAGGAUGUCGGUAUCAAAAGAUCUUCCCAGGGAACCACACAGUACAUGUAAUAUCUCAGAAAUCAAAGAAAAGAUUCUGUUACAUCUCAAAAUGGCUCUUAUUUUCACCAUUUUUGUACAAUGUAACCAAAUGGUGUUUGGCAUAGAUUAUAGGCUUACACUGAGAAUCAAUAUUGCUAGUUUUAACGUGACAUGUGGCAGUGAAACUAAACU